AUGACCGAAGCCUCAAACGUUGAAGGUCAAGACAUCGCUACUGCUCCUGAAGAGGUGCCGAAAUGUUUUUUGGAAUUUUUAAUCUUCAUUUUUUUUUUCAGAUCAAGGGAGACAAAGUCGAUCUGAUCUAUGAGAACCAUGGAGGGAACCCGAGUAAUUUGGAUUUGACAAGGUAGCUUUUUAAAAAAUGUUUUUAGGGGUGUUAAUGACUUGAAAAGUUGAGUUUUCCCGUUAUUUUCAUGAUUCAGGUACGUAGAAAUAAGCUGAAUGUGAGUAAAAGUAAUAUUUGAAGUCGAAAGUCCUUGAAAAAGAAAACUGAUAAGCAUAAAAUCGGUGAAGUUUUUUUACUUUUUUUGUUUUUUCUGCACUGUUUUUGUAUCAGUUCCACUGUUUAUUGAAAUUAUGUACCUUUAGAAUAAGAGCGUUUUUUAAUAUGAAAUAUUUUUUUCACUCUAGAAAUAUUUUUAAAAGCUUUUUUGCUUCAUUUUUUUAAAUUCUAUCUUCAGUUAUCGGUUUUUUUGGCUACUGGGAUUUUUUUAACUGUUGAAAAUAAAUUCAUUUUUUUCAAAUAGAAAAAAAUAAGGGUUUGAUGAGCAUUUUAUUGUUUUUGUAGGAUUUUUUUACGUUUUAAAUAGGGGCUCUUUUUUUGAACUUUAAAAAUCUUUACUUAUAAGGAAAAAAAUCUCACUGAUUAAUUUUUGCUUCAUUUGUUGAAUUCAUAUAGCGAAAUCUUGUAGUGCUCUGUUGGCUUGGGGUAUUAUUAACGGUUGAAUAUGAAAUGCUUUGUUUGAAUUAGAAAAAGAAUAGUUUUUGAGCUAUUCAGUUUCUUUUUCCUAUUGGACUUCACCCUAUUUGUUUUCGUAUACCUUUGGAAACAUUUUCUGUUUCAAGAUGCCUGAUCGUUUCUUCUCUGCCAUCCUCGUUUCUCAACGACUCCUACGACAUUUUCCGCGACUGUAUCGUCGAUUUGCUCGCCGAAACUUUCAAAAUUCAGCCGGAUGUGAUUGACGCGGCACGUUCAAUUUGCCGUUUCAAAACAUUCUGCGUUGUUUUCAGAUCAUUCGCAUUCCUUCGCUGCAGAAAGACGCUGCUACUCAGGUUUUUUUCGAUUUUUUUUUUACAGAUUUCAUCAGUUUGGAAAAGUUUUGAAAACAGUUGAAACUUUUUUGAGAGAAAGAAAUUGGAUUUCGGGCUGUUCAAAGCUUCAAAGUAGAAAGAAGCUUUAAAAUCCUCUACCAAGAAGUAGAAAAGUAGUCACAGAGGUUUCUUACACAUCCUGGGUAGAAAAAAAAGAAAUCCAAGUGAAUUUGAUUUUUUUUUCGGUAAUAGCUUCACUUGAAGCCUUUUAUUUUAUCUUCGAUCUAAACUUUAUGAUCUAACCCAUUUUCCAGAAAUGUACUUCUCAUGUGUAUGAGGAUUACAGGAUCCGAGGCUCAAAAGUUUGAGUAAAUGGAUUUCGCAGUAAAAAGCGCAUUCUCAUGGAAUGAUUAUUAGUUGGAAACGACCAACUCAUAGUAUUGAUUGAGAAGCCUGGAAAAGACUCUAUCAAUUUAAUAAUAUUUUUCAUUUUUUUCCGAAUAAGCUUUAAUUUCACUAUAUUGUGAAGACAGGGAUUUAUUUGGUGGAGAAUAGCGAAUAUUUGAAAGAAAAUAAAUUCACAAGUCAAAAAAAUAUCUCGAAAAAAAUCGAGCUCUAUCCAUAACGAUAGUCGUUACAUAAGAAAAGCUCCGAGGUUAUUUUCACUGGACUUCACGAAAAAAUUGUCACAUGCAACAAGACCGUAUAUGGAAAAUCUGAAAAAUGCGGCCUUUCUGAGAUGUCCGAAAAUGUAAAAAUACGAGAUAUUCAUUUAAAUGGAAAAAAGUUCAGAAAAGAGAAAUUCUACUCUUUUCUGAACUUCAAUCGAGAAUCAGUUAUGAAGACUCUCAAGGGAAAACAUUGCAUGGAUUUUAUUAUUGGGUGAAUUUCGAAAAGAAAACUAUUAUGACAAUUUACCAUAUUAUUUGGUUGAUGAAAAUGUUUUUUUGUGCGUCGUGCCUCGCUCGUUCAUUUUUAAGUUCUUCUGUGCUCCUCGAUAUUGAUUGAAACAAACAUGAAAAGCGGCUUAAAACAAGAAAAAUAUCACAGUAUAGAAGGAUAAGCAGCUUGAAGUAGCUCAAUGUUGAUCUUUGAGGAUGAAAAAGCUAGAAAAAAAUUUGGAGGUGAUGGUUUCCCUGCUCUUCUCGCUAGCUGAAUUGUUUAAAAAAUCUGGAGAUCUGGCAGAAGAAAAAAGAUCCCGAAAUCAAAUCCGAAAGAAUUGCAGGAGAACGCGUUGCGUGCAAUCGUCUCGUUCAAAAACCGGGUGCACAAACACCGGGUUUUUGCGCAGAAGAAACACGCGGAAGAGUCGACGUUCCACGUUGACGGCAUCGAGAAGAUCCCCGAAGAAUUCCUCAAAAUCAAAGAGGAAUCGGCGGAGGAAGAGCGGGAGGAGGCCGCCACGGAGCACGAGUAUCUGGCCGACGAGGAGGAGGAGGAAGAGCCCGUCGUGGAGGAGGAUCACGUCCAUGAGGACGAACUCCUUCAAGAGGACGAGGAGGAGCACAGCGGAGACGAUGAAGAUGCCGGCUUCGAAAUGGCCGACGAGGUCGGUGAAGACGAGCUCGGCGAGGAGGAGGAGGAGCACGAGAAAGAGGAGGAACCCAAGGAACAGGUUGACCAAGGUGCAUCUUUUUAUGAUUGGAUUGGGUCGAAAGGCUGUCAAACACGAAAGCUUUGCAAAAAAAAGCUUAUGGGUGAAAAUUAAGGGAAUAAGCUCAAGUAAGCUUGAACUAUUCUCAAGGAUUUGAAUAACAGGAACGAAUCGAGGUGAAGACCUCUUUUUGGUGGAGAUUUAUGUAGCUCGGAACCAAGUUAUCUCCAAUUAAAUUUGGAAGAUAAAAAAAAAAGCAAUUUGAAGCUUUAGACCUUUCACAGGUCGAUAAAGAGCUUAGUUUCAGAUUAUCUAUAAAAUGUUCAGUUCGGCUAGAUUUUUCAGCCUGUGAAGUGCUUGGGAGGUUUUAAAAGCACAAUUUUUUCGAAGUUGGCCUAUAGUCACUUUGGAAGGAUAUUUAUAAACUUCAAAAAGAAUCCGUAUUUUUUUAAAAAAAUUAAUUCGAAGAUAAAGGCGAAUAUCUUAGAUAUUUUCUUUGCAAUAAUUUUUUUCUAAAAAGGCAAAUCAGAAAUUUCUUGAACUAUUUGAAGCUUUUUCCAAGUCAAAAUCAGGGAUCUUAAAAAUUUUUGCUGUAUUUUUUUCUAAAAAGAUUAGCUUUAAGUAAUCUCAAGUUGUGGUAGAAAUUUUGAAACGUCCAAAAAUGCCCUUGAUUUAGUAUUAUUGCACUUUUUACGUUUUUCUUUUGACAGGAAUUCUUAAGUGGAACGGUUAGUUCAGAAAAAUCCUUUGAGGAUCUAGAAAACUUGAAGGAAAAAGACAAUUUUCUAUUCGAAGUGUUUUAUUUUUUUAGAAGAAGAUUCCAAGAAAGAAUCAGUAAAGACUGAAGAAGCGGAGAAGAAGAAAAAGAAGGUAAUGAGACUCCUUUUCGAGGUUUCGAUUAUCAAAAUAAAAAUCAGGUGUAUAUUGACGAGGACGACAAUGCGCCGUUUGUCGUCAGCUGGGAAGGAGCCCCGGAAUUCCAGUGGAGAGGUCCUUUUUUCUGAGAAAAAUGAGGAGAAUUGUGAUUUUUGUUCAGUUCCCUCUGAUUAUGCGGACACACGUCGGCUGAUCAUCGAGAACGUCCAAUGGGGCGAUCUUCGGGACGUGUUCAUCUACCGGGCCAUGAUCAAGGCGGAAAACGUCGACAUUCAGUUCCCGAUGCGCUAUAAUUUGGACGGGACUCGGCCCUUUUACGGGUAAUUAUCGAUUUUUGGGUUGUUGGGGAACUUCUUGAGCUUUUAUGUUAGAAAAUAUUCGGUUUUAGUCGAUUUUUUUGACUUUAAGAAUUUUCAAAGAGUCAAAAAGUAGGAAUUUCAAAGGAAUCAGUUCAUUUUUGCAACAUCGGGAUAGUAUAAUCAUUGAAAAAAAAAACUUUCGGGCCGAAAAAAGGGCGAUUCGAAGAGUGAAACUCAAUUAUUUUGCAUCUUUGGGGAUCUUCUCGAGGAUUUCAUUGAUAAUUUAUUAGAAAAUAUUCGCGUUUUUUUGCUUGACUCCAUUAGUUUUGUUUUGAUUUGAAGAGCUAUCAAGGGAAUUUUUGGCGAAAAAAUUUCAACUUUGAAGUUGCGAACUGGCCGUUUUAUAGUUUUAUCUUGAAUUGGUUUGAAUAACUUUGAAGAAAUUACCGAUAAUGAUAAAAAUCAUGAUCGCAAGUGUGUUUCCAGUUUCAAAACCUUCUCAAAUUUCGAUCCAAGAGUUUCUUCCAAUUUUUUCCAUGUAUUCAUAGAAUUAUUCGAAGUAUUUUUUUCCUUGAAACUGUUGAAGGAAAUAGGGAAUUUAUCUCCUCUCGGUAUCAGUAUCUAAUUUCUUAGUUUUACUCAAUUUUAGUGUUUCUUUGCGAUUAUUUAAGGAAAUUAGUUUUUGAAGAAUGUAAUAUAACUAAGUAAUUGUUGAGGGUUUUUUUUUACAUUUUUUCUUUCUCAAUUCUGGCAGUUCCAAAAUGUCUAUAAGAGUAUUGAGAAUAUCAAAAAUGAUUCAGUUUCGUUCAUAGUUGAAAGUAAAGUGGCAAUUUAAGGGAUCUUGGGCUUAGUUAUUAUAUUUGAUUAACUUUAUAAAUUGCGUUCUAAAAUCACCUCCAAAAAAGAACGAAGCGAACUAAAUUUCAGAGAUUCAGAGACAUUAGGAAAAUUCGCGAAGUUGCUUUAAAAGCAGCAUUAGUUGUCCAUUUUUGGUCAUUCUCAUCAUUUUUCCCUCCAGAAAGCUGACCCUUCUCUACGAUUUCAAUGGCCAACUGCUCGGCGAGGUCAUCAAGCAUCUGAUUUAUUUCCGCAGUACGGAUAGUCAUCGUCGGAUCAAGAUUUUCCUGCCACAAGGUUCCAAUUUCGCCUCCUUUUUGGCCUGAAAACUCUAAUCUGACGAUUUAAAAUGUGAUUUUUCCAGUUAUAUCUCCUGAAAAGUUCAAUUUCUUCGAAUUUUUAACUUUCGAAAUGUUUUUGCCCUGAUAACAUGAAAAAAAGUUGAUUUAAAACGAUAUUUCAAAAAAAUAAAAAGAAUUUCCAUACUUUCCUGUUUCAUCAAUUCAAAAUAAGUUUUUCAGUUUUUAAAAAAAUGGCUAAUAAAAAGUCCAUAAUAAAAGGUUGCAAAAUCGAGUUUCCUUAUUUCAACGUAGGAAGAGGCAAUUUUUAAAAUUCGAACUGAAAUAAGUGAACCAACUUUUAAGCGGAUCAAAAAAGAUUUCUGUAGGAUGAAGACAAAAAGAAACGCUCUUAAUUUCGAAGUAGUGCGUAAAAAUUGAAAUUGGUGUUCAGUACCGAAGGCCGUGAAGCGAAAGGAAGAGUUGGAACUGAAGUUGGGCCAUUUGAUCAAACCGACGCCGCGUAUGUUCCAAUUGAUUGUCAAAGUCCUGCCGGCUGGUUAUGAGGUUUGAAAGAAAUUGGAGCAUUGGUAAUAAUUAUUCAUUUUCAGCCAACUUUGGACGAUGCUUGUGCCUGGUUCCCGAGCCAGUCGGUGACCGAUGUCCAACUGGAAAAUGAUGAGCUGAAGUAGAUCAUUCACUUUUAUACUUAUUUGAUAGUUAGAAAAAAAAUCGAUUAAGAAAACUGUCAAAAGACGUAAACUAUUCAGUGAGGAAAAAAAUGGGCGCAUUUAUCGAUUUCUCUUUUUUUGAAUAUUUUUCGUUCCAAGUUAACGUUCAUAAAUAAUUUUUUUCCUUUUUUUCAAAAAUAUAAUUGAGGAAAAGUUUUUCAUUUAUUGACUUUUUUUAGAAGUUUUGAGAAGUUUGUUUUUUUCAGUCAACCCUGCGCGAUCGUGACUUUUUGA